AUGAUGUCUCUCUUGGCUUCUCAUUCCUCUGUUCCCUCUCUCAACUACAAAUUCAAUGUCUUCUCAAGCUUCCACGGGCCUGACGUCCGUAAAACACUUCUCAGUCACAUGCGUGAACAGUUUAGCCGCAACGGGAUCACUAUGUUUGAUGACCAGGAGAUUGAGAGAAGCGCAAUAAUCGCCCCUGCACUCACUGAAGCUAUAAAAGAUUCGAGGAUCUCGAUUGUGAUUCUCUCCAAGAGAUAUGCUUCUUCAAGCUGGUGUUUAGAUGAAUUGGUGGAGAUAAUGGAGACUAAGAAAGCAAUGGGACAUAUAGUGAUGACAAUCUUCUACGGAGUAGAGCCAUCUGAUGUACGGAAUCAGACCGGGGAAUUCGGGAUCACUUUCAGUGAAACCUGUGCACGCAAAACAAACGAGAAAAGGCAGAAAUGGAGCACAUCGUUGUACCAUGUGGGAACCAUUGCCGGAGAAGACUUCUUAACAUGGAAUAGUGAAGCGGCAAUGAUCAAAAAGAUUGCAAAAGAUGUUUUAGAGAAGUUGAAUGCUACACCGUCUAGGGAUUUUGAUGGCAUGGUGGGACUUGAGGAUCAUUUGAGGGAAAUGGAGUCUCUGCUAGAUUUAGGCUAUGAUGGAGUUAAGAUGGUUGCAAUCACUGGUCCUGCAGGGAUUGGCAAGACUACCAUUGCUAGAGCCUUGCAAAGCCUGCUCUCUGACAAGUUUCAGCUUACAUGUUUUGUAGACAACCUUAGGGAAAAGUAUCAUAGUGGUCUUGACGACUAUGGCUUGCAGCUGCGUUAUCAAGAACAAUUGAUCUCAAAGGUUUUGAACCAAAAUGGUAUAAGGAUAUCCCAUUUAGGUGCAGUAAAACAAAAUCUAGGCGACCAAAGAGUUCUCAUCAUUCUUGAUGAUGUGAACAAUAUAAAGCAGUUAGAGGCGUUGGCAAAGGACACUACAUGGUUUGGUCCUGGAAGUAGGAUUGUAGUUACCACAGAAAACAAGGAGAUUUUGCAGCAACAUGGUAUCAAAAAUUCAUACUCUGUGGAUUUUCCAUCUGAUGAAGAAGCUCUAAAGAUCUUAUGUUUAUAUGCUUUUCCACAAAGCUCUAUAUAUCAUGGUUUUGAAGGGCUUGCUACAAGAGUAACAGCGCUUUGUGGUAACCUUCCAUUGGGUCUCCGUGUGGUGGGUUCAUUUUUACGUGAGAAGAAUAGGGAGGAGUGGGAAGAAGUAAUAUGCAGGCUAGAAACUACUCUUGAUCAUCAAGAUAUCGAAGAAGUACUAAGAGUCGGUUAUGAGAGUUUACAUGAAAAUGAGCAAUCUCUGUUUCUCCAUAUUGCAGUCUUCUUCAACUGUGAAGAUGGUGAUCUUGUGAAAGCCAUGUUCGCUGACAAUAACUUGAAUGUUAGACAAGGGUUGAAAACCCUAGUCAAUAGAUCUCUCAUACAUAUAUCUACUGAUGGAGAAAUCGUGAUGCACAAGUUACUACAACAAGUGAGUAGACAAGCCAUCCAAAGACAAGAGCCUUGGAAACGUAAGAUCUUAAUUGACGCUCAAGAGAUAUGUGAUGUCCUUGAAGAUGAUAAAGGUACUAGAAUUGUGUCCGGCAUAUCAUUUGAUAUAUCAGGAAUCGAUGAAGUAUAUAUAGGCAAGAAAGCUUUUAAAAGAAUGCCUAAUCUUCGAUUCUUGAAAGUUUACAAAAGAAGAUAUGAUGACAAUGAUAGAAUGCAUAUACCUGAGGAGAUGGAGUUUUUGAGUCGUCUAAAGUUACUACAAUGGGAGGCAUAUCCAAACAAGUGUCUUCCUCCUAGAUUUCAACCUGAAUAUCUUGUCAAACUUGAUAUGAAGAACAGCCAGCUCAAAUACCUCUGGCAAGGAACCCAGCAGCUUAAAAAUCUCAAGGAGAUUGAUUUGUCAUGGUCCUGCCAGUUGAAGGAACUCCCGGAUCUUACAAAUGCAACAAAUCUGGAGAGACUGGAUCUGGUUUUUUGCAAAAGACUGCAUGGCAGGAUGCGCACGAUUGAGAAACAUUCCAGUUAUGCCAACGCACAUCAGGGACCUACUUAUAUCAAAGACAGCGAUUGCAUCAAAGAUCUUCAUUCUUUGAAAAAUCUUUAUGCAUCUGGCUGCAAAAGACUCGCAUUACUGCCAGAGCUUCCUGGUUCGCUCUCGGGUCUAUAUGCAAAUGAUUGUGCAUCACUGAAGACGGUGUUUUCCCCUUUGAACACGUCAAGUGCGCGGCUUUGUUUCACCAACUGCUUCGAGUUGGACCAACAAACACGAAGAGCGAUUAUCCAACGGUCUUUUCGUUACGGAAAUAAUACUCGGUUACCCGGAAGAGAAGUGCCUGCAAAGUUUGUUCACAGAGCAAGAGGAAACUCCUUGACCAUUCGUCUCGAUGCCAGUAUUGUGUCGGAGCAUAGUCAACGGCCACUUAGACCCGUUUACGAGGAGUUCUACGGAUACCUUCUCUCCAUAUGUCGUACCGAGCAUCUAUUUAUAUUUAAAUCUGGCUUGCAAUAUUUUCACCGCUCUAACACGAGCGGUGAGGUAGUGUUCGAAUUCAGCAGCAAAUACCAAGACCUGGACAUCCUUGAAUGCGGUGUCCAGAUCUUGAGCCAAGAAUACUUCCAAAAGAGCAAUGAGUCCGAAAACUUGGAAGGCGAUGAGCAUAGAUAUGAAGAAAAAGGACUUCAAUAUGGCACAACAUCCCUUGAUUUAGUGUGUUCCGAACCUACAUGUGAUUAA